AUGUCACUUACCAGUACUGUAUGCUCCGACGCCGAAGCAUACGCGCUACCGCGCGGUGGAGACGAGAAUACGAGACUUAAAAACCAACAUCCACUUUUUGAAGACUAUGCAGGCGGCUUGAUCGACGCAUCCAUAUCGAAAUCUAACAUUCGCAGAGUUGCCGAUAUAGCAACAGGUUCAGGGAUCUGGCUAGCAGAUGUGGCGAAGUUGCUCAACAACCCUACCAAUGUUUAUUACGGGUUCGAUAUUGUGGCAUCGCAGUUUCCAGAAAACCCAGGUCCCGAGCUAGGGCGAUUUACGAUGGUGGAACAUGAUAUGACGAAGCCGUUCCCGAAGCAAUACCAUGGCCAAUUCGACUUUGUCAACGUAAGACUUGUUGUGCAAGCGCUGAAGGAAGCGGAGGUGAAGACAGCAGUAUCGAACAUCGCGGCAUUACUUCGACCGGGUGGCCACCUACAGUGGCAAGACCUUGAGUGGACAGACAUUGCGCCUUAUCCACCAUAUCCAGACUACGACGACGUCAAAAGUGUUUUCAAACAUCAUAUGAAGGCCUAUGGGCUAAGUGAAUGUCUUCCGGAUUUGGUGGAAAAAAGUAUGAAAGAAGUGGGGUUUAUAGAGGUCAAUGCUAAGAAGUCAUGGCAUGAUGCGUCCUCUGAACGAGCUGCUGGGGCUACUGCAACUGUUAAUGCAGCAAUGCAAAGCAUGCUACCAAAGGCCCUUGCAACAAGCCUUCGAUCAGAGGGUUCAAAUGUUGAUGAGGCAACGUUUCAGCGGGUAUUAACGCAGCUGAAGCAGAACCUUGAAAGUCUCGUAUUGAGUGGGCAUAAUUUGAAGUUAUCUGCCACAAAAGUCGUGGGAAGUAAGGAAUAA